CGCCUCGGCCACAGUCCGGCCGAGACAUGGAGCCGCAUCUCAGCUUCGGCGGCCGGCGGGCCCUGGUGACUGGGGCUGGCAAAGGGAUCGGUCGCUCCGUGGCCGUGGCGCUGAGCAGGGCCGGGGCUCGCGUGACUGCGCUGAGCCGAACGGCGGCGGACUUGGAGAGCCUCGCGCGGGAGUGCCCGGGCAUCGAGACCCUCUGCGUGGACCUGGCGGACUGGGAGGCUGCGGAGGCGGCGGUGGGCGCGGCGGGGCCGUUCCAGCUGCUGGUUAACAACGCAGCGGUGGCGGAGCUGCAGCCGUUCCUGGAGGUGACGCGCUCGGCCCUGCAGCGGUCUCUUGAUGUGAAUUUUGGGGCUGUGCUUCAUGUUUCCCAGAUAGUUGCUCGGCAGAUGAUUGCACAGGGGGUGCCAGGAGCUAUUGUGAAUGUCUCCAGCCAGGCAUCAAAGCGUGCGCUGAGGGAUCAUGCUGUCUAUUGUUCCACAAAAAGUGCUCUGGAUAUGCUGAGCAAAGUAAUGGCAAUGGAACUGGGACCCCACAAGAUUAGGGUGAACACUGUGAACCCCACCGUGGUUAUGACUGACAUGGGGAGAAUUAACUGGAGUGACCCUCAGAAAUCUGCUGCCAUGAUUAAUCGGAUUCCGCUGGGAAAGUUUGCAGGUGAGCAUCAGAUGUUCUCGUGUUUGAUUGCAGAGGUGGAUGAUGUGGUGAACAGCAUUCUCUUCCUGCUGAGUGACAAGAGUGCUAUGACAACUGGCAGCUCACUGAUGGUUGAUGGGGGCUUUCUUGUCUCCUAAGAUGACACCUGCAUUUCACACCUGGUCUCAGUUUUCAUAUGAAUACUGCCUAGAUGUAAACUGGAUAGAAAACAAUGACUUGCUUCUUGCCAGAGGAGCAGCAGGCCUGAAGACUGUAUUAGAAGUGAGGCAGGAAAUCAGCUCUGCAAGGCUGCUAUAUAAUAAAGCUCACAUACACCUUCA